AUGUCUUCUGAUCCAAGCCGUCGGGAUCCUGCAAGCAAGCUACUUGAGGGAGGUCAUCUCGAUCCAGGAUGGACAUCUUACUGCGCAAAUGCUUCAUCUUCUACUGUUUGUUUGGACUCUUCUCAUUUCGAUCCCGCAUUUUGGUGCGGCAGAACGCUAAUGGAUGACCAGAGCUCUGUCAACGACCGUCUAGCGGCGCGUGUCCAUGGCGUUGAAAAGGAGCGCAUGCAGGCGUGUGCAGGACUUGCAGCCGCUUUCUUAGACCUCGAAGGGCACUUUCACCUCCGCAGAAGCAGAGCACUUCAGCUGGGCGAAGAGCAACUUCAUCUGUUCAGUCGGUUGCAGCGCCGGCAGUUACAGCGCGAUGUCCGAGAAGCAGAGAGAGAGGGAGCAUCCGCCGACGCACAUCGCGCCGGAACUCGAGACGCCCUGCGGAAAGGCUUGGCAAACGAACGCAGAAGGCAUUCGCAGCUUGGUAAACCGGGGCGGAGGCCUAGUUCGUGCCGGGAGAGCGGCUCCGUGCGAGGAGAAGACACGGUGAACGCAUGCAGCUCCGCUGAUGCAGAGAAGGCCUUUGCGACCCCCGCCCGGGGUUUGCUUGAGCGAUCCUCUGGCGGAGGCGACACUUCCUGUACGUGCCCUGCGGCGUUGGGGAGUCGGAAGGAGGACAUUUGUUCAAUAUGGAAAGAGGAUGACGAGGCAGCGUCCUCCAACCAAGGACGGCCCCCAACCGGGCCAGCUAGAGAAGACCACGCUGUCUGCGGCGGCGCGGCGCUUGAGAGACAGGGCUCCAGCAGCCCUCGCUCAAGAUUUUUUCUGCGUGGCUCUUCCAAAGCUGUCGAGGAGUUGUGUUGCGACAACACAGAAAGUCCUCGUUCGCGAGGGGGUCGCGGCGACGUAUCCGAAGAGGACGACGACUUGCGAGAGGCGCAUUCGCGGGUCGCCGAGAGCCAAACCGCAGACGGCGGUCUUCGUGAGGGAGAAAGGAAACGCCUCUUUGCCAAACCGCGGUGCGACUUUUUAUCGGCCUUCGAUGCUGCGGGGCUGCGUCUCGGGGCUCGGCAGGGCUCCUGGGACUCCCUGGAGAAGACACUCGAGCAAGAGAGCGAAAACACCUCGGAGUGGAGAGCUCUGGAUGCCUCGUCUCACGCCGGCGAUCAACCUGCGGAGGCGGCAAGCCCACCCGCAGUGUCAGGGAGGGUGGCACUGGCGGAGACUGCAGACACAGCUUGGUCGAGCGCGGGCGGACUUCGGCACUGCGGUUCAGCUCUGGUCUCCGUGUCGGGCUCGACGGCCUCCUGCGCGGGGGCCGUUGGCGCCUCCUGCGGCGACUCCGCGGUCGCGGCGUCUCAGGCGCCUGCCGCGGGCGCAGCUGUUUCGCGAAGCAAGCGCGUGUGGAUGCGGUCGGUGGCAGCCCUGACGCGCCGCGGGAAAGCAUGCGAGGAUGAGCUGAAGCCCAGCGCCGCGGCGAAUUCCUCGCCUUCGCUCCUCAGUUCGAGCCCCCCAACACAGGAAGGACGCCCGGGCGCGCCAGCUGCGCCGCCCCGUCCCACCGCGCGACCUCCGCCGGCUGCAGGGACUGACUACGCGGGUCUGCAUCCGUUCCCCGUCGUCCUGAAGGGCGGCGCGGCGAAGACCGGCAAGCAGCCGCUGGCCUCGGAGGUCUGGUGCGUCCGCGCUGUGGAAACUGGAGACAGAGCGGCAAUCUGGUCGAUCGCGAUCUCGCCUGCCGGAGACUGGCUCGCCGUCGCGGGGCAGACCGGCGUCAUCUCGCUCUGGGUCGUUCCGCUCGCUUCUUCCCCUUCUGCUUCUCGCGCGCGCGGGGCGAGGCAGGAGUGUACAAAGUACAAGGCAGAGAGAAGCUCGCGUCGAGCCGAGCGCGCGCCGUGCCCAGGGACUUGGAGGGACGGGCUCGAAGGCUCGGAGGCGUGCUGCCGGGAAGAGCCCCGGCGCGACCGCGCGAGCCCCGAGCCCGGGGUCACCAGGUCCCCGAGCGGCCGCUGCGGUGACGCGCAGGAGGGACAGCCGCGCGGAGAGAGACGCGACGACGGGCUGCGGCACAGCGAUGGCGACGGGCAAGAAGACGACCGUGGAGGCGCUCGCAGGGCGCAUUCGCCUUCGUCGCUGAACGGGGCUGCGUCGCUGGGGCUCGACAGGGAAGAGCGGCGAGCCGAGGGACAGCCGCCGCUGCUUCUGCUGCAGUCUGGGAGCCACGCCUCGCCAUGUUCGCCGUUGUCGUCUGCGGCCUCUCUGCCUCUUGAACACGUCGACUCUGCAGCGUCGGCUACGCCUCUGUCGCCUUCCUCUUCGCUCGCCUCCUCCUGUGCUUCGUUAUCCUCCUCAGGGUCUUCGUUCGCCUCCUCUUCGUCUUCGUUCGUCUCCUCUUCCUCGUCUACGUUUACGCGUUCGAGGAGUGAGGAGAGGCGCGAGGCUCGCAGAUUCUCUGCGCCUCUGGCUGCCGCGUGGAGUACGCCUUCGCCGCGGGCCGCUGGCGCGGCCUCAGCCGCCGCCCUCGCCCCGCGGGGAGCUGCGGAGAACGCCUCGGUCUCGCGCACCCUAAGCUUUCUGCCUGCGGCGCUCUCGGCCUUUCCGCCCGCCGACCGCGCCGCGAGCCCCGUCCCCGAGCCGCGCGCCAACCGCGCCGCGGGAGCGAGAGACGUGCACGCGACUGAGUCGCCCGCAGCGACGGAGACGGGGCUCGCGCCGCCGGCGCCGGCAGCAGCAGCGGCGCGCGAGUCUCGGGAGUCCGCCGCGCCGGCGGACGUCUUCGCGGCGGCGACUCGUAUUUCUGUGCUGAGCGGCGCGUCGCUUCUUCCCAGCACCCCUACCCGGUGGCUAGGAGCGAACAACAGCCCGACGAAUCUGCCCUCGCAUACGGGGGAAGAGGCAGCCGCGUGUCUCUCGCUCGGGUCGCCGAGCCGGCGCACGCAGUCUGCGGAGGCCCUCGCAGCGCCGAGCAGGCGAGACGCGGCGAAAGACGCGCCGGAGAGGGAGCGAAGCGAGGCAGGGCACCCCGCGCAGGAAGGCGAGAAGCAGCGCGCGCCGUGGUUCGUGAACGACCGACCGAAUCUCUGCCUGACUGGACACUGCGCCGCGAUCGUCCAACUCGUCUGGGCGCCCAGCAAAACGCGCGCGCUCCUCCUCAGCGCCUCCCUCGACAAAACUGUGCGCCUGUGGCGGCCGGGGAAGCAGCCUCAGGCGAUCGCGGUGCUGCGGUGUCGAGACUGGCCAACGAGCGUCGCCUUCCACCCCAUUUUCACCGACGUGGUUUUCACAGGCUGCCUCGACGCCACAGUCCAGGUGUGGAGACUCUUUCCGGUGUCGGCUUCGCAGCCGCUCGCGCCUCCGCGGCGGGGACGCAGGGCCUGCGGGCGGUCGCAGCCGAGGCUCGUCUUCGAAGCGCGCGUCGUCGAGUACCUCAAAGUUACGGAGCUCGUCACGGCUAUUUCGCUCUCGCCCGACGGAGCCGUGUUGGCUGUCGGCUUCAGAAAUGGGACAAUCGCCUUCUACGACGCACAGACACUCAAGUUCCGCUACGAGUUAGACUGCAAAAACAGGAAGGGAAAGUUUUCCAAGGGCCGCAAGGUCACGAGUCUCGAGUGGCAGACCAACGGCCUCGCGCUCUGCGUAACGACGAACGACUCGCGCAUCCGCAUCUUCAAAGUCGCAGAUCUCUCUUGCGCGGCGAAGUUCAAAGGCCACGUGAACGAGCAAAUCAUGCUGCGUGCGAAUUAUACAAACGACAGCACAGGCAUCGUGUGCGGGUCUGAGAACGGCUGGAUCUGUUACUGGGCGGUCCCGGAUCCGCGCUCGUCCCUCUUAGAAGGGGAGAGACAGUUCCGCGGAGGCGUCCUCAGCAGCAAGAUGCCAGUUCCCGCCGCCAAGCGGAAGCCGACGAAUGCCAACGCCGUCAGCUUCAAAGCGUUCACGGAGCUGUUGACCUGCAGUCUGGUCGCGCCAGCUUGUUUUUCUGCGUCGCUAGCUGCGCACCUUUCGGUUCAUCCGCUCGCGCCUCCGCUGGCCAGGCAGCCGACGAGCCACCACCUCGCGGCGCUUCGCAGGCUGACAUUCCGCUCGGAGUCCCUCACGCUUCGGUCGCGACUGCUGAGUUUCGCUGGGGGUCCCAAGGCGCCGCCACAGAACUUCGACGAGAAACCCAGACCAAGUUGCUCCGUCACGGAGAGCCUCGCGCCGCAGAGCGCCUUUCUGCCUUCGCCUCUGGUGGCGCCGCGUCAUCCGUCGCGCGCGGCUUCACCCGCGUCCAGAGACGGCGUGGAAGACGAAGGCGCGAGCAGACCUUUCGAGGUGCGCGGGCAGGACGGCGCGACGCGCACCUUCUUCCGCGGAAUCAGCUUGGGAAAACUGCGCCAUAGCUCGCCGCCCACGGGCGACGACCGGAGGAAAGCAUGUGGCUCUGCGAGCGCGGGGCUUGCAGCGGAGGGAGAAGAGAGGGACGCGUCGCCGCGGCGACCGUCAUCGGUCUCGUGGAAGGCGCGCGGCGCCGAGGAGGAAACGCGCGAAGCGAGCGAGAGAGGCGACGAUGCGGGUCACGCUUCGUCCUCGGCAAGCUCGGCGUCGCCAACGAGCCUCUCUCUGCUCAGAGCGGACUCGACACCUGCAGACUCCCUCGCUGCCGCGCUCGGCGAGCAGGUUGCACGGGCGGAGGAAAGACGCGCGAGAGGGGCACACGCAGAGGAAAGGGAACGGUACUUCCAGGUGGAAGACGAACUCCAUAUUUCCCUGCCGCCCGCGGUCUACCAAGCAGAGUGCGAGCGACGCAGUUCGGUCCCGUCGGCUCGGCUUGUGGUGCUGGCUGGUAGCCACCACGGCAAACUGCGGAUUUUUGUAAAUUUCGGGAAGGAGCUACGAAAUCCAUGA